AUGUCCGGAAGAAUUAGACGAAACUUGAACGCUGCCUUGAAAACCAUUCAAGAGCAUACAGCUGAGGCCAAUCGAAUAAUUGGGGAGGAAAAUGAUGAGGAUACUCGCAGAAAGCUGAAGCUAGAAAAAGCCCAUAUUGAGACCACCAUUGGAAGAAUUGAGGAAUUGGAUUCUCAAUGGAGUGAUUAUGUGACAAGCUUAGAAGGGCCGCAAAAAAUGGCUGAGGAAUCGCUAUAUUUGGAUUUUCCGCCCCUAUGUGCUAGUAUGGAAAGGGAGGAAGGGCAGGAAGUACCGUUAGCUCAACGCCACUUUGUGGAUCAAUGCGAAUUUGCCCGUCAAGUUGUUGUGCUAAUUGAACAAACCAUGGAGGAUCUGGGCCAUUCUAGAAGCGGUUCACGCCAAUCGGCAAUGAGCGAAGUGUCAGAUACCCGAACCGCUGACCUUGGAAACCAAAAUCGGAGGGUGCAAGGAAAUCAAAGGCCGCAGCCGCCUACUAUACAAAUGCAACAGCCCUUUAUGGUGCAACCACGUGCGAAGCUCCCUCCAUUGCCUUUACCUCAUUUUUCGGGAGAAACCAGAGACUGGCCUACCUUUUGGCAACUUUUCGAGUCAACUGUGGACAAUGAGCCCAGCUAUGACAAUGUCGUAAAAAUGAGUUAUUUGCUCUCUCUUUUGGACAGGCCGGUACAGAAUGUGGUGGCUGGAUACUUACCUACGAAUGAAAACUACCCACGCGUUGUGAAGCUGUUAAAAGCGAGAUAUGGAGAUAAACGUGCGCUCAAGGAAUCGUUACAGUCAGAGCUGUACCACCUACCUCAUGCUAAUGAUUCAGUUAUGGAAUUGCGAAAAUUUUUGGAUAUAAUUGAAAGAGUAUGCCGACAAUUGACUGACUACGGAAUUAGCGACGACUCCUGGAUUGUUUUCACUAUAAAGGAAAAAUUGCCUAGAGGAAUACUUGCCAAACUGAUAGAAAAGGAACGAGUAGCUGAACAAACAUGGAAUGUCGAAAUGUGGAGGAAUGAGCUCGACCUACUUAUUUCAGUUAAAAAAGAGGUCCAGAGAUGUAGCGUUAAUAAGGAAUUUGAUUGGCAACAGCGAAGGGACAGAUGCCCACUGCCAAACCCGGAGCAAACCCAUUCUUUUCCGGUUACAAGUCAUCCGAUGAAACCUUUUUUUUCAUUGUGCGAAGGAAACCAUCUACCAAGCGAAUGCCCGAAAGAUAACAACCUUCAGGCCAGAAAGGAUCGUUUACAGGAACAAAACCGUUGCCUAAAGUGCAUAUUAUGUAGAGGGAACCACCCUCCAAGCCAUUGUUCUAAGUAUAGCAGCCCAAAGGCGAAGAAAUACAAGUUACUAGAGCAGAACCGUUGCCUAAACUGCCUGAGUGAUGGCCAUCGAACAUUUGAUUGCAGGAAUAAUCGCCGAUGUAUUAAAUGUCGAGGAAAGCACCACGUCAUGGUUUGCUAUUCACGUAUGCCAAAAACUCAACUGUUGGAACCUAUGCGAAAAAGCGAGGUUCAUUGUUCGAGGCCGGCUGGGAUGUUUGAAGCUAAAAAGAUGCUGGAAGAAAAGACGAAGGCUCUCCAAGAAAAAGAUAAAACGAUAGUGAAAUUGAUGUCCGAACUUAUGUUGGCACGCAAAAAGGCCGAGGAUGAAUCCAAAAAAGCUAAACGAUUCAAACGUCUGCUGGAUCAAUCUAAUCAGAGGAUUGUGGAUGAUUAUGGAAAAAGAAUUCUGAAAGAGACUCAUGUCAAUGCCCUUCAGAAGGCUAACCGAAAAUUGAUUGCCAGAAAUGGUAAGCUAGAACGGGAAGUGCACGCCUACCGCAAAAAAUGCCAACUGGAAAAACUGGAACCACCAGAUUUCUAUGCCUUUUGCCGCUCAUGGAUAGAUAUGAAAAUGUUUGUGCUAGUCUUAGCCGCCUUUGUCAUGAUUCUGGAUGGCACUAAAAAUGCUCUGAGGAUGAUUAUCCGCGCAACAAAUAAAUUUUGGAAAUGCAAAACAAAAGAAAGGAUGGAACAAGAAAUGACCUCGAAACAUGGCCUAAAUAGAGCACGCAUAAAAAGAUUACUUCGAGCUUCGAUAGCCUUAACACUGUUCACCGGCGUUGUCGCGAUCAAUCCAUGCGGGAUCUUUGUCGCCAUUUUGUUCAGUACUAUGGAUGGUUGGGCGCAUGCACUGAAAGAGAGCAGAAGAUGUGCGAUGGAAGAUGUGCCGAAGAUUAAGAAAAGAAAGAAAAUACUUGAAAGAUGGAAAAAAGAAAUCGAGGAUGAAACUUUAGACGCGGGCGGGAAUGUCGCGAAGCGACUAAAGAUGAGGAAUAUAAAAUAAAUAUAUUUUUAUAAUAUUUCUAAAUUAAUCAUCAUUUAUUGCAAAUUCCUUUUUCGGACUUUUACCCUUCUAAAAAACCAUUUUUGCUGUAAACAUCUAUUCAAACUCUGUUUACAUUUUUAGCUCUUUUGUUCUAAAACUUAACUUAAUUUUCCACUCUUUUGUAUUAUUCAAAACAUGUGCAUUUUAUUUAAUCGUUCCUAUUAUGUUUUUAAUGAUCGAAAUAUUUUUCUGUCUACCCGCCUAUUUUUCUGGCCUACAUAAUCUCCCACCCCAAACCCCAAUUAGCUUCUUUCUGUGCUUGGCUUGCUUCUGUUCUAGCUUUCAUUCUGGGGUUUGGUGAUCUUCUCUUGAACUGUUCUUUGCGGUAUUGACGCUGUGCUUUUUUUGGAAAUAAAAUUAUUAAUUGAUUGAAGUGUUUUUUGGUUG